CAACUGGAGCGGAUCGAGGAGGGGAUGGACCAGAUCAAUAAGGACAUGAAGGAUGCAGAAAAGAAUUUGAACAAUCUAGGGUCUCUCUGUGGUCUUUGCUCAUGUCCCUGUGACAAGUAGGUGCAGCCUGCCUUGCCUGCCUGCCUGCCUGCCUGCCUGCCUGCCUGCCUGCCUGUCUGCCUGCCUGACUACCUGCUUGAAUGCCUUAACUAGUGUGCAUGCUGCUUCCAUGUGCACUUUGACCUGAGAGAGAGAGAGAGAGAGAGAGGAGAGAGAGACGGAGAGAGAAGAGAGAGUACGAGAGAGCAGGAGAUUGAGAGAGAGGGAGGAGAGCGGAGAGAGAGAGAGAUGGAGAGAGAUGAGAGAGAGAGAGAGAGAGAGAGAGAGAGGAGAGAGAGAGCGAGAGAGAGAGAGGAGAGCGAGAGAGAGAUGCAUGCUGGGCUAAUCCACUGUAACACUUUCCCCCCAUACAUACAGCCGCAUGUUCCAUAAUAUUCUUACACGAGGCAGUAGGCAUUACAUUGACAUGAACCUACAUUAGCAUGACAUGAUUUACUGCUGUUGUUGGUACAUCAGUCCUAUGCAUGAACAUGCUCUCUUGCUCUUGGUUUCACCAUAUAGUGUUACAUGCUGCUUGGUGGACAUAUAAAAACCUUGGACAGGGAACACAAUGAAAUAGAUAAGGAUCAUUCCUACCAAAAGAACAGUGAUGAUCGUUUAUAUUCGAUGUAGUAUUGAAUCAAACUGCUUAGUGGGAAGCUAAUGGUUAUAUGUGUGUUUUGAGAUUUAUGCACCUAACUUGAACUUUGCAUUGAAAAGAUCUCUUCCCACACUCAAGUUAAGUGUUCAAAUCUCGACUCAGAAUUCGGCCCUGAGAUGAUAGUAAGUUGCUGUGUAUGGUUCAUGUGUGUUGAAACAGGAGGAACUGAAGCAUUUCAGGAAGUUGAGUUAAUGUUCACAAUGUUUCGUGAAAUUUGAUUGUGCAGCUCACUAGUGUUUAGAAGUCACAUACACUACAUGGCCAAAAGUAUGUGGACACCUGCUCAUCGAACAUCUCAUUCCAAAAUCAUGGUCAUUAAUAUGGAGUUGGUCCCUCCUUUGCUGCUAUAACAGCCUCCACUCUUCUGGGAAGUCUUUCCACUAGACUUGCUUCCAUUCAGCCACAAGAGCAUUAGUGAGGUCAGGCACGGAUGUUGGGCGAUUAGGCCUGGCUCGCAGUCAGCGUUCCAAUUCAUCCCAAAGGGGUUUGAUGGGGUUGAGGUCACGGCUCUAGGCAGGCCAGUCAAGUUCUUCCACACCGAUCUCGAUAAACCAUUGUUUAUAUUUUUAUUUGAUUUUGUAUUUCUUUUCUCCCCAAUUGGUAGUUACAGUCUUGUUCCAUUGUUGCAACUCCCGUAUGGACUCGGGAGAGGCAAAGGUCGAGAGCCAUGCGUCCUCCGAAACACAACCCUGCCAAGCCGAACUGCUCGCUUAACCCGGAAGCCAGCCACACCAAUGUGUCGGAGGAAACACGGUACAGCUGGCGACCGAAGUCAGCGCGCAUGCGCCCGGCCUGCCACAGGGAGUCGCUAGAGCGCAAUGGGACAAGGACAUCCCAGCUGGCCAAACCCUCCCCUAACCCGGACGACACUGGGCCAAUUGUGCGCCGCCUCAUGGGUCUCCCGGUCGCGGCCGGCUGUGACACAGACUGGGAUCUAACCCGGAUCUGUAGUGACGCCUCUAGCACUGCGAUACAGUGCCUUAGACCGCUGUGCCACUCGGGAGGCGACAAACCAUUUCUGUAUGGACAUCACUUUGUCCAUGGGGGCAUUGUCAUGCUAAAACGGGAAAGGGCCUUCCCCAAAAUGUUGCCACAAAGUUGGAAGCACAGAAUCGUCUAGCAUGUCAUUGUAUGCUGUAGCAUUAAGGUUUCCCUUCCCUGGAACUAAGGGGCUUAGUCCGAACCAUGAAAAACAGCCCCAGACCAUUAUUCCUCCUCCAUCAAAGUUUACAGUUGGCACCAUGCAUUGGGGCAGGUAGCAUUCUUCUGGCAUCCGCCCAAACCCAGAUUCAUCCGUCGGACUGCCAGAUGGUGAAGCGUGAUUCAUCACUCCAGAGAACGUGUUUCUACUGCUCCAGAGUCCAAUGGCGGUGAGCUUUACACCACUCCAGCCGAAGCUUGGCAUUGCGCCUGGUGAUCUUAGGCUUGUGUGCGGCUGCUCGGCCAUGGAAACCCAUUUAAUUAAGCUCCCGACGAAUAUGCUGACGUUGCUUCCAGAUGCAGUUUGGAACUCGGUAGUGAGUGUUGCCACCGAAGACAGACGACUUUUACGAGCUACGCGUUUCAGCACUCGGCGGUCUCGUUCGGUGAGGUUGUGUGGCCUACCACUUCGCGGCUGAGCCGUUGUUGCUCCUUGACGUUUCCACUUCACUAUAACAGCACUUACAGUUGACCGGGGCAGCUCUAGCAGGGCAGAAAUGUAAAGAACUGACUUGUUGGAAAGGUGGCAUCCUAUGACGGUGCCAUGUUGAAAGUCACUGAGCUCUUCAGUAAGGCCUUUUUACUGCAAAUGUUUGUCUAUGGAGAUUGCAUGGAUGUUCAAUUUUAUACACCUGUCAGCAACGGGUGUGCCUGAAAUAGCUGAAUCCACGAAGUUGAAUGGGUGUCCACAUACUUUCGUAUAUAUAGUGUACUUCUUCUCAAGACAAUUUGCCAUCACAGGAAUAAUUUUAUUUCAAAGCUAUUGUUUUAUGCACAUUUAACUGCUGUAGUGAGCGACAAUCAUAAACGUCUAUAAAGUCCAAGUGAUUUUAAACCGAACUUGACUUACCGCCACAACAGUACAAGUCAGGUGUGUGUGUGUGUGUGUGUGUGUGUGUGUGUGUGUGUGUGUGUGUGUGUGUGUGUGUGUGUGUGUGUGUGUGUGUGUGUGUGCAUUUUUGUGUGUGUACAUUACGUACACGUGUUUGCACGUAUUUGCGUGUGUGUGUGUGUGUGUGUGUGUGUGUGUGUGUGUGCGUGUGUGUGUGUGUGUGUGUGCGUGUGUAUGUGUGUGUGUGUGUGCGUGCGUGCGUGUGUGUGUGUGUGUAUGGUUAUGGAGUGUGAUGGGAUAGUCCCUAAGGAGCCAAUGCAAAGCCAAACUAUGGCCUCAGAGUCAUGUUCUGAGGCAAAGCCUUUUCUGUGUCCAUGGCAUUAUGUCCAUAUCAUUAUGUCCAUAACAUAAUGUCCAUAGCAUUAUGUUCAUUAGUGUUGUCUAUGUAUUUUCCUCUACUUACAGUUGCGGGCACCAAAAAGCUUUAUUUUUAUAACCCUGUACAAGUUUUUAUUUUAUUUUUAUUUUGACUAAUUAUCACUUGCACAGUGUUACACACAUUGCAGCAGUGAUUCUGCUAGCACCACGGCAUGACCUCACUUUUUAGUCCCUGCAGCUGUAAACACAUUUUUUUUUCACUUUACUUUUAUCAUGUGAAUGUAUUUAUCCAUUUCCAUGUGAUUCUGUAACUCAGUAUCAUUAACUAUCAUGCUCACUCUGGUUUAUUUCUGAUGCUUUGUGAUCUAAACUGUUCCUCCAGUAAUCAGAUGGUGUGGAUAUGAUGUGUGUCUGUCCUCCUGUCUGUCCUCCUGUCCUCCUGUCCUCCUGUCUGUCCUCCUGUCUGUCCUCCUGUCCUCCUGUCUGUCUUCCUGUCUACCUGUCUGUGUGUGUUCUUACUCCUGUGUGUGUUCUGUAUCUGUGUACAAUGUGUCCUCCUUGUGUGUCUAACCCCCCUGCCUGCCUGUCUGUCUGUGUUGUCUUCUGCUUGGUGUUCUGUGUGUUUAAUGUGUUUGUGCUGGUUGGAGGGUUAAUGUCUCUUCUAGCUACAAGUCUAUAAAGAACACAUAGACACAGUAAAUACACUAGAAUUGAUCAGUUGUUCAUUGAUAGACCUAACAUAUAUAACGUAUAUAUAUAUAUAUAUAUAUAUAUGUCCCUAAGAUAUCAUUGGCAUGCUUUGUUGGUGGGCCGCCUUGCUGUCACUAUGCAUGGCUUUUGUCAUAUUUCUAUUACAUCAAAUUACAGUUUACAUGCACACAAACACACACACACACCUCUACACACCCUGACUGGCGUGUGUCCCUGCAGGAUAAAGGGUGGGGGCCAGGCGUGGGGGGCCAACCAGGAUGGAGUGGUGAACAGUCAGCCAGGGGCCCGUGUGGUGGACGAACGUGAACAGAUGGCCAUCAGUGGAGGCUUCAUCCGCAGGUGAGUGUGUUCAUGUAUUAGUUAGAGAGUGUGUGUGUGUGUGUGUGUGUGUGUGUGUGUGUGUGUGUGUAUGUGUGGACUCCCUCUGCCACUCCAAGGCUACCGUUAGUUUCAUGGAAUAUCCGAUGUGUGUUUCCAGGGUAACAGACGACGCCCGGGAGAAUGAGAUGGAUGAGAACCUGGAGCAGGUGGGUGGGAUCAUCGGUAACUUGCGUCACAUGGCCCUGGACAUGGGCAACGAGAUCGACACCCAGAACCGCCAGAUCGACAGGAUCAUGGACAAGGUACUAUCCAUUAUUUUGACGAUGACAAUCAAUCAAUACAUUUUCAGUGUUAGCGAUUGGCAGCCCAUCCUUGAGUUGACAAUCCACAGUCUUGAUUUAUUGAUUGGUAGUUGAUUGCUUGAAUGAUUUCAUUUCAUAUCAUCUCAACUCUCUCUCUCUCUCACCUCAGGCUGAUUCCAACAAGACCAGGAUUGAUGAAGCCAACCAGCGUGCCACAAAGAUGUUGGGCUAA